UUAUUUUCCUACAUUUCUACAGUUGGGUACCUACUUCGAGUACAUAUAUCAUUUUGCUGUUUUCUAAUGUUGUAAUCCUGUUUUCACUGAUUAUACUUAUUUAAGACUAUCAUUUAUCAUUUAAUCUUUGAUUUUAUUUUAUUUGUUUCAAGAAAAUCAUGUGUUUCUUUGGUGUUUUUUUGUUCUUCCUCUUUUUGUUGGUUUCUGCUACAAAAGAUGACAUGCCUGGAAUGGACGAUGAAGGCAUCUUGAAGUCAUCUGAUUUGGAGACGUACAUUGUGGCUUUAGAAAAAUUGGUUGCGUUUUACACGAAAUAUUCCAGUGAAAUCGAUGUGAAUACAGUUUUUGGAUUCUUCAUGUUGAAAGUAAACCUCAUCAGUGCCGAUAAGUAUAAACGCAAAGGUGUACCGGACUCUAUAAACAGCAGAUUGAAAGUCAUAAGGCAGAAAAGUAUGAAAAUUGUGCAAUAUUACCAUAUGAUGGCGUCUCAGCCGCAGUUUAAUGCGAUGCCGUAUAAACAGCUGAAAAAAAAGGCGUAUUUGUAUAACGAGGAAUCUCUGUGGUUGUCUCAAAUGAAGAAGCCUGAGAAGAAAUUGAAAAAACCUCCCGAAGUAACCCCUCAGAGUCUGGUCAAACGUUUUGGCAGUUACAAUGACUACAUUAAACAACUUGGCAGAAGAAGCUCAAUGGUGCCACAAAAUAAUGUUACAGAUAGAUGUAUAAAUAGAUUGGCAGAUAAUUCUAUAUUCCACGGUCAAGAUGGCUUUCCGAGAUGUAAAUUAUACCCAGAGUGUGUCCACGGUGUAGCUAAAGGAAAUAAUACUGGGUAUGGAUUGGUCAACAGAUUGUGGAUUCUCUUGUUAGCUAAAUUCGGAAGAAAAUGCGGUGUUGUUAAUCAGAGGGAGGAUAAAAAAAUUCGUGACAAAUUAUGCGCCUCUUGUUAUCACGAAGCCUGGCUUAUCAGCUUGUAUGAUUUUAAUCCAAUAAUGUUAUUGUUGGAUCAAAUAACCUACUGCAGCAUAAAUGGAAACGUGGAAUUUUUGCGCAAAGAGUGGAUCACAUAUAUACUUGCAUUGCAAACCCGUUUCGGCUGUUUUUCCGAAUCAAUUACUUACGAUGAAAUGCUCAUUCCACCGGACUUUGCGCCCGCGUCGCUGUGGAAGAUAGAUAAGGGAGUCAUGCAGGACCACCCGGCGACAGGGUGCUACCACCCGGCGUCGUCGGCAGCAGCCACUAUAUUAUCUGCAGCCGUCAAAUUUAUUCUAGAAUAUACUUUCAAACCUAAGUAGUACGAUUUGGUAAAACGUGACUCAUUUUAUUCUAAUAAAAAUGUAUAAUUAA